AUGUGGCCGAACGUCGGCAUUGUCGGGAUGGAAGUCUACUUUCCUAAUACCUACGUGGAGCAGAGCGAGCUCGAAACUUUCGAUGAGAAGCAGGAAAACGACAAAGGCGAACGGAAAGUGAAUUUUGCCGGCAAGUACACGGAAGGAUUCGGCCAGAAGCGGAUGGGGUUCUGCACGGAUCGCGAAGAUGUGGUCUCCUUGUGCUUGACUGUCGUCUCGCGCCUAAUGAAAAAAUCGGGGAUUGCUUAUAGUCAGAUUGGCCGGUUAGAUGUGGGGACGGAAACCCUCAUUGACAAGUCCAAGAGUAUUAAAACCUGCUUGAUGAAAUUAUUCGAAGAGGAGGGGAAUUUCGAUGUGGAAGGAGUCGAUAAUGUGAAUGCAUGCUACGGUGGAACUGCCGCGUUGUUCAAUUGUUUAAAUUGGGUCGAGUCGUCAUCGUGGGACGGUCGAUAUGCCAUUGCUGUCGCCGGUGACAUUGCCGUUUACCGGAGCGGAAAUGCCCGGUGCACUGGCGGUGCGGGCGCCGUCGCGAUGCUGAUCGGACCUGAUGCGGGUUUAGUGUUUGAUCAAGGAGUUCGUGCCAGCCAUAUGCAACAUGUGUACGAUUUCUACAAACCAAACAUGUCCUCCGAAUAUCCCACUGUUAAUGGGGACGAUUCGCUUCAGCGUUACAUGGAGUCUCUGCAUAAGUGCUAUGGGAAAUUUUGUGAAAAAUUUGAAACCCGCGUACUUCGCACCAAGUUAACAGGCAAGAAAGCCAAUCUGCAGUGCUUGGAUCACGUGGUUUUCCAUAGUCCAUUCACUAAACUUGUACAAAAAGCGUUCUCACGUUUAAUGCUGCAUGAUGUUAUUCGUGAUCCAUCGAUUUCUGCUUGUGAAUCCUAUGGAGAGCUUGAAAAAUUUAGAAACAUUGACCUAUCCGCAACUUACGCCGGCGAAGGUUCUAAGAAUUUCAAAGAAAACAUCGAAAAACCGCUCCUGAAAGCCAGCCGAGAUAUGUUCAGUGAAAAGACAGAUGCUGCCCAACAACUUGCGCGAAAUGUCGGCAACAUGUACACAGCGUCUUUGUACGGAGGGAUUGCCUCACUUAUAGCCAGCUAUCCGAUUGAACGACUUGUCAAUAAGCGCAUUGGACUGUUUUCUUAUGGUUCCGGAGCCGCAUCUAGCUUUUUCUCAGCACGAUUUGUGCAAUCCAGAUCACUUGACAAAAUGGUUAAGAACUUUGCUUCGCUAUUUUCCGAUCUGGACAAGCGGAUAAAAAUAAGUCCGGAAAAAUAUCACGAGAUCUUGGACCACAAGGAACAACAUUAUAACUCAGCGCCUUACACCCCAGCCGAAGAUGUAAGCUUGCUGGGCAAUGAUAUAUUUUAUUUGCUGUCGGUUGAUGAAUCAUACCGCCGAAGGUACGCUGAGCCCGAACGAUCGAAAAGAUGAUAAGAGUAACGGAUAUAACGAAUAUUUUGAAAUUUGAAAAUUCAAAAACAUUCUCAGAGAUCCGUGUGCUGUGCGGGCGUAUUAAACCCGGUUGGAAUGCAAGGAAGUUGGUAUGUUCAGUUUGUUUCCGUCUCUUUGAUGCAUUUGUGCCAUUCGUUUCUCGUUUAUUUUAAGAUUAAUGCUUUUUGACUUUCUGCCAAACUGUUUGGCUUUGGUAAAGCACUGAAUGUGAUUUUGAUUUUGUGACAUUGUUUACGAAUUUUAAUAACCAUUUUAAAAUAACGAAAUUACUUGCUUGUCAGCAGGUAACGAAUGGCCGGCCAUGUCAAAAAGAAAACAAGAAUUAUAAGCAACUGA